GAAACAUUGCAGAUGUCCGAUCGGUCAUACGUCGAUGGGUAAUCAUUGUUUGUGCGACCCGAUAAACUUUCGUAAGGGCAUAAAACUUACUUUGGACACUUUUCUUAUGUAAGCAUUUGCCCAUGGAAAUUCCGAGUGUCUGUCCGACACUACUUGUCAUUUGCCAUGUAUGAAAGUGGCACUUGUUUAUGGAAAAUUCUACAUUCCAGUCUAUUUUAAGAAGUGUCAGUAAAAAUCAUAACAUUAUUUCAAGCUAGGAAAUAGAUGUUUUAUGGAAAAUGGAAAAGUUUGCUGUUGAUCUUGACAAAGUUUUGGAUGAGCUAGAAUUUAAUGAAGAUCGAGCAGAAAAUCUGAUCACCACAAGUGGCAGACGACACAAUGCCUCUGAUUCUUCCCCACCAUCCCAAGAUCAUGGCUCAGCAGCCUUGCUUAAUACUCAACAAGCACCAUUUGAUUCAGGUGACAAUGGAAGCCGAUGGAGGCCUAAACCUCUUCCUGUCUCUCAAAAAACUAGUGUGAGUGGUGUAUUUUCCAGUCUAAAUGAAUAUUUGAACUCAGGACGGGGAAAAUCAGUGCCAAGUGAUAAUGACAAUAAUAUUGACAACUCGUGCCCUCAACCUGAAGGGUUCCACUGUCAAUUUGAAGAACCCUACGCUCAGGCUUCUACCUGGUCUCCAGUUGCAUCAAAUGAGUCUGCCUCCUUGGAUGAAAAGCCAGAUUUGAUUGACUCAAGUAACUUCCAAAGUAGUUUGUCUCUUUCCGACAUUCCUCAUGAAAGGGCAGACUGCGAUCCUAGACCAAACAUUCAAGGCAUACCUCUCCCGGAUAUUGCUACCACAGGAAAAUCUUCUGACAGUAGUUCCUCUUUGGAUCUUAUCAGUCAUAAAACUAAUAGAUCUGAUUUAGAUUGUGAAGGUGUUGAGGCAGAUGUUAAGGUAGCACCACCAACUAUUUCAGAACCAUCUACUUCAAACAUGCUUAGUUUUGGGGGCUUAAUUCCUGACAAGCUCAAUGAUGAUGAGUUAAAUGAUUAUUUGUCAGACUUGGAAUUAGAAGAACAGAAAGAAGAACUUCAAAAGCAGCUGCUUGAUGAAUCUUUGAGCAAACCUAAAAUUAAGAUUCCAGAAUCUGAGGAAACUCAGAAAAAAUGUGAAUCUCUAUAUGCAUCAUCUACUGAAAAACCAGCAUCAGUCACUGAGGCUUGUGCUACUGCUCCCACCUCUAUAGAUCGCACUGUCUCUGAUGAAAGAGCUCGUAGCCAAACAACUUCCCCAAAUAAUUCGAAUGAAAAAUCCACAGAUUCAGCUGUUCCAUGUACUUCAACAGAAAUUCUGCUACAAUCCAAGGAAAUAGCAUGCGAAUCUGUACAUGAUACCUGUGAGACUUCAUCACAGCUCUCAGGUGUUAGCGAAACUUCUGAUAGUAGUUUCUGUGAAACAACAGAUUUAAAUCCCCAAGCUCAACCAUCAAACUUUAAUGCUGACUUUGAAGAAUCUUCGGACAGACCUGAGGUUCAAACUAAUGGAGACUUGAAGUCUUUCACCUUCCAACCUUCAGAUGGUGUAAGUGAAGAAGUUCUCUCAAAUGAUGCUAGUUUGAUUGCUGCCUUAAACUCCUCAUUAUCACAUAAAUCGAAGGUUGAAUAUGAUUCUGUUGUUAACGAAAUUCCUACUGAAAUUGAAAGUCUUCAAGAUAGCAUUAACACAAAUACUGCGCCAGAUGCUUCAAGUGCAGGGUCUUUACUGUGUAGCACUUCGAAAGAUGGUAAAUUGUUAUUGAACAUGGUAUCAGAAAAGAUUUUACCACUUUCUCUUUCAAUUGAUGAAAAUUUAAUUGCACCAUCAAACUCAUCUCCAUCUACACCUCCUACUGUACCAGUAACUCCUACAUCUGAAGACCCACCAGUACAUGAAGAGUUUGUGUCUACCAUCUCAACAUCAUCAACACCCUUUAUGACACCAACUGCUGUUCUUUCCGAAUCAUCUGAAUUUCCUGAAGAAAACUGCCCAAUUGAAGCAUCCUCUCCUGCAGCUUGUUCAUCAGAUAGUUUUGAAUCAGAUACUAACAUCAACUUUGAUUCAUGCCAAAAACCUGUUCGACCGUCCUCGUUGGAAAUACCUACUCGCAUAGAGCCUAUUCAGGCAGAUACAGCAAUCAGUAGUGAAGACUCUCCAGCUUAUGAUCUUACUGUUGGACCUCCUGGUGCAACACCUUGUGCGACUCGACCCUCUAUGGCAGAAUCUCUUGCUGAACCAUCUGAGCCAUCGGAACCAUCCGAACUAUCUGAACCAUCUGAACCAUCCGAACCGUCCGAACAGCAGGGAACUGAUGAAUCAGCAACGGAAUCAUCCAUUGAUGAAACUUUAUGCGGUGCUGUUGGUGGUGAAGAACCUUCAGCAACUGUUUCCACUGAUGAACCACAACUUGGGAAAGAAGCUCCGUUCUGGGUCCCUGAUGCUGAUGCCCCGUAUUGUAUGCAAUGUGACCAAAAGUUUACAGUCCUGAAACGGAGGCACCAUUGUCGUGCUUGUGGCAAAGUUUUGUGCUCAAAAUGUUGUAGUGAAAAGGCUCAUCUGAAGUACACAAAUGCUGAAGCUAGAGUUUGUGUCCCAUGUAAAUCUAUACUUCAAGGAGGGAAUGUUGGUUUGCCAGUAUCACCUGAGAGAAGUUUACAUCCUAAUCCCAACAACCCAAUGGAAUAUUGUUCAACAGUUUCACCUCUGCUUCAAGUUGCUGGAUCUUCACAAGCUGCUCCAACAGUAAUGGUCCCUGUUGGAGUUCUGAAAAGAGAAGGAAGUACAAAGCCCAAAUCAGAAGCCAAACAAGUAAUGUUUAGUGAUGGUAUUCGUCCUGGGGCUGAUCUUGCUGAACUUGAUGGUUCCACUGAACCUCGCCUUUCCAUUCGAAGAACUGGCCGCACUUCAAAGAGAGUUGGCACCCCACCUGGGAGCUCAUCAACCCAGAGAACUUUGCCCCCUGUGGAUGGAACUACUAUGAGUUAUGUUCCUCAUGGAAAAGGCCUUCCACCUGUUGUAAUAAGAGGAAAAGAUGGUAUACAGUUUGAAGAAGAUCCAGAUUCCUCUCGCUUAAUGGCAGUGAUCCAAGACGAAUCUGCCCCCCCUGUGAAAUUCACAAUCAAUCGUAAUUUGUAUGUGCUUGUAAAAAUUUUAAAUUUGGAUUGUUGUGUAAAUCGUGUUUGCUGGUGUUUCACAAGUGAUGGAUUAAGCUCCGUUGGUCAAGAUGAAGUAGUCAUCAUACUGGAAGUGGAACCAGAGGAAGCUAGUGUUCCCAAGGAUAUUUUUAUCCAUUUGAACACCCUGUUCAUGGAAGCUGCUAAAGGCAAUACUGUUACAGAGAUGGGACACACUCUGACUCAAGGUUUACCUUUUCUGGGUUCAAAGGAACAUGGGGGAUUUUUAUAUGUCCGACCAACAUUCCAAUGUCUACACCGUCUUAUCCUCCCUCCUGCCCCAUACUUAGUUGGUGUAUUAAUUCAUAAGUGGGAAACACCAUGGGCCCAAGUCUUUCCCAUUAGAUUGAUGUUGAGACUAGGGGCAGAAUUUCGUUACUAUCCAUGUCCUCUUGUGUCAAUUCGUCAGAGAUCAGCUGUAUAUGGAGAAAUUGGGCACACAAUCAUUCAAAUUUUAGCAGAUUUUCGUAAUAUGGCAUAUACAUUACCAACAGUCCGAGGAUUAGUCAUUCAUAUGGAGGACAAGCAAACCACUAUUCUUUUGCCAAGAAACCGUUAUGAUCAGGUUAUGCGUGCAUUAAAUAACUCUAAUGAUCAUGUCUUGGCAUUUGGAGCAAACUUCAGUCAGGCUGCUGAUUCACAUUUAGUUUGUAUGCAAUCAGAUACAGAUCAUAGUUACCACACUCAAGCCAUAAACAUACACAACAAACCAAGGAAAGCUACUGGAGCAUCUUUUGUUGUCUUCAAUGGUGCUCUGAAGGAAUCUGAAGGAAUGGCAGCAAAGUCCUCGAUUGUUGAAGAUGGAUUGAUGGUGAAAGUAACUGCUGAAACCAUGGCUAGUUUGAAAACUGCUCUACGGAACAUGAAAGACCUAAGCAUCACUUGUGGGCCAAAUCAUCCAUCAAGUGAAAGUAGUAAUGCUGGAGCAGGAAUCUCGCCAAGUGAUGAGGUAGUUCUUAUCAAAUGGUCUGAAGAUGACAGAAGUUUCAAUAUUGGUGUGCUUAGUAGUGUUGAUGGCAGACCACUGGAUGGAGUACCUUCAAUUAGAGUUCAUAAUGGAACAGACUAUCAUGGUGAAUAUCGGUUCAUCAGAUGGACCGAAGUUUUCAUUCUGGAGUCUGAAGAAGGCUCGGGAAGGACAGGAGAUCCUGUGGACAUCAGUCGUUUAUCUGAGCAGCUUGCCAAAGCAACCUGUCUCGCUUUAGUAAAACUAUUGGAUCUGCUUGCAGCAGCUAAUCUUACCACAUUGGCAGUCCGAGCUACAAUUCACCCUGAAAAUGUUGAGUACCAAGCAGGUAGCAAUGGAGAGAAGUUACCUCCUAUCUACAUGAACAGUUUAGACAAUGAGUUAGUACCUGUACUUCAUGAAGCUGGAUUAAUGUCUGGAGAAAGUCCUGCUGUUUUGGAACUGGUGUUCCGUAUUAUGGAGUCAGGAUAAAUCAUUUGAAUAGUCCCUAGAAAUUGUGAUAAAAACUGCAAUACUUUAGUCUUAGAACUAUAACUUCAAAAAAUCAUAAAAAGUAGGUAAUGGUCAAAAACUAAUCUCUUUGUGUUUUCUAGUAAAGAAUACAUGCAUCUUUUGCACUGAUUUGUACCGUCCUUGAAAAGUGUGUUUUCUAACUUAGUUAUUGCAAAUUCAUUUGAUUUAAAAAUAUCAUAUCUCAAACAAACUAGUGUGAUGGAAGGCUGAUUUUUUAAAGUAAAAAAGAACUUACAUGUUACUCCGGGACUGUACAGUAUUGUGCAUAUAUUUCUUGUACUAUGAUUGUAAUAUACAUCAUCUCCUAUAUCUUAGUUAGCACAAGGUCAUCCAUUUUGGCCAGCUAUCAUGACGUGCUUCAUAUGUGAUUUUCUUGCAAUUCUUGCAAUUGGUUUAGUUUUCUUGUUAUUACCCCAUAGGUGCUUUUUAAAGUCUGUGAGACAAUAAGUUCUCUAUCUUGGAAAACUAAGCUUUUAUCAUCACCUCAUGUGGAAAAAUUUUAUUCAUGUUAAAUGUGCAUAUAUAUAUAUAUUUAUAAAAUGUUCUCUGUGUUAAUAUUGUUUUCACUUUCUGUUAUAAUACAAUAUAUUUUCUAAAUAGUGCAAGAGACUUGUACCUUCUAUUAUUCACAAACUGUCUUGAGUGAUGGUAGGUUUGUUUAUGUUUCUGAUAACCCUUCAGUUGCUUUGUUUUGUCUGUGAUAUUGGCAUUGAAUUGAUUGUACUUCUAAACAAAAUUACAAGUAGCCUCGUUCAUGAAAAUGGAGCUGUCUGCUAUUUUCAAAUAUUAUUUGCACCUUGAGAUUUUUAUGGUAACUUAAGCAGAAGAGACAUUCCCCUGAGCAGUUGGUAGCAUUCCAACCUUUUUGGACAUUACUUCUGUAGUCUUUUUUUCUUCCUGCAAGUAAUUUGCAAUUUUAUGUGGAAUCAUGCAAUGAUAGCUUUAAAAUAAAUUAAACCUUUGUAUACUCCAGACUGAACUGUUUGUGUAUUGGUAUAAAUCAUCAGAUUUAGGCAGCAAAAGAUCCUUACUUUCUAGUCUAGCAGUGGAAAGAUACAAUGUUUUAGUUAAAUCUGGAAAGGAUUUGCAUAGAAUCAACUGUAGUUAGUAUCUACACAUUUUGUGAUAAAUUCAAGCCAAUAGUUUGAUUUUAUGUUAAUCUAUUUUCAUGGAUUGAUUAGUACAGUUUAAACAAUUGUCUUGUGAAAGUGAUUCAUCACAAUCUUAAAUGGAGGAAGGCAAUAUCGGCCUGCAACCCAAAUCUCAAUUUAUUGUAAAAAAUGAAUGUAUGUUAUUUUACUACUAUUACAGUCAAUCUCAAUCUGUCAUAUGUUUUAUAUACUCCUUCUAUCUUACUAUCUUACUAUCGAGAUAAAAAUACAACAUUAUAGAUAUUUCAAAAUGUGCAUGUGCAUUUAUUGUCUUUUUUAGUUGAAACCCGGAGAGCUCCGUAAAUCCGUAAACGUAGGCAGGCUAAAGGUGUAAUAGAGAGAGGUGGCCGCAAGAGGGCUACUUGUCACUUAUGUGCAGACCUUGGAUCGGCCAACGUUGAUUGUACGCUGAUUAAUUUCGGUCACCAAAGUGGUUCAAGACCUCUAAGGUUGCUAUCAGCAAUGGCCGGGUACUCAGCAUGCCAGCGAUGAUCGGCUUCCUUCGCAGUGAGCGGCCGUGAGUCUUGCCCCCCCCCCCCUCUCCGCCAGGGAAUGACAACCGAAGACACGAAAUCACGUCAUUUUUCUCAAACGCUCCUGUCCUAGGUUUGAUCCAUUUGAUCUUCCCUCCAAUUAGGGUGCUUCCCUCGCUACCCUCGCAAACAGUUGCCAUGGCAACAUGAUUUGUUCCGCCCCGCUUAGUAUACCCUUUUUCGAUAACAUAACAAAAAGAUGUGGUAGAACCGGUUGAACUACUGUCAUGGAAGGUCUUCCGCUUUUGCCGGGCUAUAAUUUUCGGGAUCCUACA